GUGUUCGUGGUGCUGGUGAUCGCGCUGACGAGCUCCGUCGUGGCCAUCGUGUACAUCUGCCUGCUGCCCCUCAUUCUGCAGACCUACCCGCCUGCCUGGAUCUGCUGGCACCUCGCCUACGGCCACUGGAACCUCCUCAUGAUCGUCUUCCACUACUACAUGGCCAUCACCACCUCCCCUGGGUACCCCCCGCAGGCCAAGGACGAUCUCACUGGCGUCUCCAUCUGCAGAAAAUGCAUUGCUCCCAAGCCAGCUCGCACCCAUCACUGCAGCAUCUGCAACAGGUAGGGUCCCUCACCCUGCCCCCUGCCCCACAUAGCAGCCUGGCUCAACAACUGCGUGGGGCACUUCAACCAUCGCUACUUCUUCUCCUUCUGCCUCUUCAUGACCAUGGGCUGCAUCUACUGCAGCGUCAGCGGCUGGGACAUGUUCCGGGAUGCCUAUGCAGCCAUCGAGAGAAUGAAACUGCUUGAGAAGGAGAGACUGCAGGUGGCUGCCAACCAGACCUACUACCAGACCCCGCCGCCCACCUUCUCCUUCCGCCAGCGGGCUUUCCACAAGAGCAUCGUCUACCUCUGGGUGCUGUGCAGCUCGGUGGCGUUGGCCCUGGGUGCCCUCACGCUGUGGCAUGCUGCCCUCAUCACCCGCGGGGAGACCAGCAUUGAGAGGCACAUCAACAAAAAGGAGAGGCAGAGGCUGCAGAAGAAGGGCAAGGUGUUCAGGAACCCCUACAGUUACGGCAUCUGGAAUAACUGGAAGGUGUUCCUGGGAGUGGACGUGCCAAGACACUGGCUCACGCGGGUCCUGCUGCCCUCUCCUCACCUGCCACAUGGAACAGGGCUGAGCUGGGACGUCCCUCCCUGUGUGAGGGAGCAGCGGGCACCGCUCCUGGCCAUCUGA